CACAUUCAUCUUGACAUGUCGAGAUAUCGUCACAGUUAUAGACCGACACUUCCACAGAACGUGGUCCGCCCUCUUUUCAGAACAGAACCCGUUUCGUUUCCUCUUAAACCCGUUCUUUCAAACUUCUAACAGUCUCGCUCUACAUUCCGUGAUCGAAGAGAGGGAAAUUCAAGUCUCAUCUCGUAAGGACUUAGGUUAAUGGCGGCAGUCUUUCUUUCCCGCGUUUCUCGUAGAUUAAGAUCUUCAUCACCGCUCUUAUCUCCAUCAACCUUCGAUCCAUUUUUCACAAAUUCUCAAUUAAAACCAUCAACCCCUGUUCAUCUACCUCAAAUUCAUCCUAAAACCCUAGAUACAAAAUUUGAAACGUAUAAGUAUCACCAAGUUGGUGGUUUUGAUGAUCAAUUUCUGAAAUUUCUUCGUUCCAAUUUAAAUGUACAGUUAUCUAGGUAUUCUACAUCUUCUGUAGGAGGAGGAAAAAGUGGUGAAAAUCAGAAUGAGGAGGAUGUUGAGAAGAAAUCGGGAGUUCAGUUAUCGUGGAUUGAUCUGUACCUUCCUGAACCCGUUCGUCCUUAUGCUCAUUUAGCUCGACUUGAUAAGCCAAUUGGAACUUGGUUACUUGCUUGGCCGUGUAUGUGGUCGAUUACUUUGGCGACACAGCCUGGAAACCUUCCUGAUUUUAAGUUGUUGGCAUUGUUUGGUUGUGGGUCAUUGCUUUUACGGGGUGCUGGAUGCACAGUUAACGACCUUCUUGACCGUGAUAUCGAUACAAAGGUGGCGCGCACGAGGAUGAGACCAGUAGCAAGCGGCCGUCUGACUCCAUUUCAAGGUAUCGGCUUUCUUGGGUUUCAGCUUCUCUUAGGUCUUGGAAUUCUCCUGCAGCUAAACAACUACAGUAUUGUUCUGGGGGCGUCAUCACUGCUGUUAGUUUUCACGUAUCCUCUCAUGAAGAGGCUUACAUUUUGGCCUCAGGCAUAUCUAGGUUUGACUUUUAACUGGGGCGCGUUAUUAGGAUGGACCGCUGUUAAAGGAAGCUUGGAUCCUGCUAUUGUUCUCCCAUUAUACAUUUCAGGAGUUUGUUGGACUCUAGUGUAUGAUACAAUAUAUGCACAUCAGGAUAAAGAAGAUGAUUUGAAGGUUGGUGUCAAAUCUACGGCCUUAAGGUUUGGUGCUCUGACAAAGAAUUGGGUUAGUGGUUUCGGGAUUGCAUCUAUCAGCAGCCUAUGUCUAAGCGGAUAUAAUGCGGACUUGGGUUGGCCAUUUUAUGCAUCUUUGAUGGCGGCAUCUGGGCAACUAGCAUGGCAGAUUUGGACUGUUGAUUUAUCAAGUCGUGCAGACUGUAAUAGGAAGUUUGUAUCCAACAAGUGGUUUGGAGCAAUUGUCUUCAGCGGCAUCUUGUUUGGAAGACUAGCAACUUGAAAUUGUAUGAAUGGGGUAUUAUUUGCUCCAGCCAAAAGAUGCUUUUUGGGUUAAUUACUCAGCUUAAACGAGAAGGAGAAAUGUUCUCAAGUCAGAAAUUGGUUUAGCGUCAACUAAAAGCUCAUUGCUAUAAUGUUGUGUCUGAAGCAGCACAGCAGAUACUGUGGACAUUUGCAAAUAAAGGUCUUAUUUUUUUAGUGGUGAAAAGACGAUGACCCUAACAUUUAUGCCCAUCAUCUCUACUAAGGACCUGCUUGAAAGCUAUUAAUCGGACUGAAGAGGAAUCUAGCCGUCUGAAUUCACCACCCAUCUGCAAGGAGUAUCAAAUCCAGCUCGUACCCACUUAACCAUAUUGAUGAUUUCAUGUAGCACAUUAUCCAGCUAUUGCACUGUGAUUUUUUCCCACAAAGAACAUCAACUGUAGGUGUCCCAUUCAUUAUCAGAUACUAUACAACUUGAAUCUAGUGAAAUGUAAAAACAGAGAAAGAAUUCCAACAACUCGGAUUACUUCUCGAA